CAGCCGGUCCUAUCUGACCCAACAACUCCAUUUUGUCCUCUUUUGUUCUCUCUCUCUCUUUCUAUCUUUCUUGCAUUCCGGGAAAAAAAAAAACUUCAUCUUUUCAUGUUCUCCGUCAGUCGUGAAACCCUAAAACAAUGGAGGAUUUCAAGCUCUAGUAUCAGAGGAUCUAGAAGAGUAGGAAGUCUCAAGGUUCUUUGGUGUAGUGGAGAGCGGAACUAAUGGUUUUGGCCGAGAUGGAGAGUCAGUCAGUCAGCAAUAGUGAAGAUCAAGUGGAAAAGGCUCAACCUUCACAGUUGCCGAAGCAGUCUCCUGUUAGUUCAGCUGAAAGUGUUAAGAGAUCUUCAAAAAUUGCAAAGCCUGAUGUUACGCCGGCGGCUAGGGCUUCAGGACCGGCGACAUUGAGUAGGAAUAGAGUUUCAGGAGUCAGAGUUUCUGAUUCGAGUGCGAAUGGGGUUAAAUCUACUGUAGCUAGAUCUUCUCUUACUUCAAAUGCAGCUUCUUCGGCUCCAAUGAAGAGAAGGAAUAGCACCGGUGUCUUACCGGAGAAGCAAUCAGUAUCGGUUCCUAAGAGAACGGACAAUGCGAAUUCAGUGGCAGGAAAUAGUAGAAAUUCUUCUUCAGCUUCGGAACCAUUAAGGCGAUCUCUGACAGAAACUAGGCGAGCUUCGCUUCCUUCAGCUGCCACUAAAGCUUCAAGUCCAGGAAGCAUUUCUGAGAUAAAGAAGCAGUCUCCGGUUUCAUCUGUUACUAAGAUUUCCCGAGUGUCCCCAAAAUCCGAUGCUAGCAAGCAAGAUUCUAUUAAAAAGCCCUCUCUGAGGCCGUCGUUAUCAAUUUCUUCUUCUUCUUCGAAAAGACUUCCUUCUUCGUCUUUGGACAGUAGCGGCAGCAGCACCAUCAGGAGAAGUGUUUCUAAGGUUUCUUCCCCAUCCACUCGUUCACCUUCAGUUACCAGUGGAUCAAGGAUUGGGUCUUUGUCAGCAUCAGUAGAUAAGAGUUCUUCAUUAUCUGGUCGAAGGAAGGCAUCGACUCCAGACAGUCGGGAUUCUCGCUUCAUUGUGCUUCCACAGGUUGAGAUCAAAGGGGGUGAUGAUGUGAGGUUGGAUCUUAGGGGGCGUAGAGUUCGGAGUCUCAAUGCCAGUGGGUUGAACCUGUCUGACAAUCUAGAAUUUGUUUAUCUCAGGGACAACCUGUUAUCAUCAUUGGAAGGAAUCGAAGUUUUGAAGCGGGUGAAGGUUCUUGAUUUGAGCUUUAAUGAUUUCAAAGGCCCUGGAUUUGAGCCACUUGGGAAUUGCAAAUUCCUACAGCAACUUUACCUUGCUGGGAAUCAAAUCACGUCUCUUGUGAGCCUUCCUCAACUUCCUAAUUUGGAGUUUCUCUCAGUUGCUCAAAAUAGGUUAAGAUCUCUUGCAAUGGCAAGUCAGCCUCGACUUCAGGUAUUAGCUGCAAGCAAGAACAAAAUAUCAACUCUAAAGGGCUUCCCACAUUUACCUGUUCUUGAGCAUUUAAGGGUGGAGGAAAAUCCUAUUCUUGAGAUGUCUCACUUGGAAGCGGCUUCAAUAUUACUUGUUGGCCCUACCUUGAAGAAAUUCAAUGAUAGAGAUCUUUCUAGUGAAGAGGUUGAAAUCGCCAAGAGAUAUCCUGCUCACACUGCUUUAUGCAUCAGGGAGGGGUGGGAGUUUUGUCGCCCAGAGCUUGUUGCUGAUUCGACAUUUCGGUUUCUUGUCGAACAAUGGAAGGAUCAUUUGCCUCCUGGUUACUUGCUCAAGGAAGCUUCUGUUGAUCAACCAUUUGAAGAAGAUGUUUGUCGCUGCCACUUCAUUUUUGUGAAAGACCACACCUUAAGCACUGAUUCUGAGUUAGUUCUGAAGUACCAAUGGUUUAUAGGAGGAAGAACUCCCACUAAUUUUGUGGCUAUCGCUGAUGCAGUUGGGGAGGUGUACUGGCCAAAGCACGAGGAUAUUGACAAGUUUUUGAAGGUUGAAUGCACUCCUGUCUUGGCGGAGAUUGAGUACCCUCCUAUUUUUGCUGUAUCUUCACCAGUUUCCCCUGGAACUGGAUAUCCAAAGGUUUUGAACUUGAGUGUACAUGGUGAGCUUGUGGAGGGAAAUGUGAUAAAGGGCUAUGCUGAGGUUGCAUGGUGUGGUGGCACUCCUGGAAAGGGUGUUGCUAGUUGGUUAAGGAGAAGAUGGAAUAGCAGUCCUGUUGUAAUUGUUGGUGCUGAAGAUGAAGAGUAUCAAUUAACCAUAGAUGACAUUGAUUCAAGUUUGGUGUUCAUGUACACACCAGUAACAGAAGAAGGUGCUAAAGGGGAGCCUCAAUAUGCAAUAACUGAUUUUGUAAAAGCAGCUGCUCCAUCAGUCAAUAAUGUACGGAUUCUUGGAGAAGCUGUUGAAGGAAAUACUAUAAGAGGGGUUGGGGAAUACUUUGGAGGAAGGGAAGGUCCCAGCAAGUUUGAGUGGUUACGAGAGAGCAAUGAUAGUAGUGAUUUUGCACUGGUAUCCACUGGGACUGCUGAGUAUACCUUGACCAAAGAGCAUGUGGGCCGACGCUUGGCUUUUGUAUAUAUACCCAUCAACUUUGAGGGGCAGGAAGGGAAAUCUGUAUCAGUUGUCACUCAGAUUGUAAAGAAAGCACCGCCAAAAGUCACUAAUCUGAAGAUAAUUGGAGAUACAAGGGAGGGGAAUAAGGUUACUGUAACUGCUACUGUCACUGGAGGUACUGAAGGAUCAAGUAGAGUCCAGUGGUUUAAAACAAAUUCUUCAAAGUUGGAUGGUGAGAAUGGUCUCGAAGCUGUAAGCACGUCCAAAAUAGCCAAGGCUUUUCGUAUACCUUUGGGAGCUGUUGGCUAUUAUAUUGUUGCAAAGUUUACCCCCAUGGCCCCAGAUGGUGAAUCUGGUGAUCCAGCAUAUGUUAUUUCUGAAAAAGCAGUUGAGACUCUUCCCCCGAGCCUGAAUUUUCUCUCUGUCACUGGUGAUUAUUGUGAGGGUGAAAUGCUGACUGCAUCCUAUGGAUAUAUAGGGGGUCAUGAAGGCAAAAGUCUCUACAAUUGGUAUCUUCACGAGGUUGAAACUGAUUCAGGUACCUUAAUACCUGAGGCAUCAGGGCUUCUUCAGUAUCGUAUAACAAAAGAUGCUAUUGGCAAGUUUGUUUCAUUCAGAUGCACUCCUGUACGUGACGAUGGGAUUGUUGGUGAACCAAGGACCUCCUUGGGGCAGGAGCAUGUUCGUCCUGGUACUCCAAGACUGCUUUAUCUACAAAUAGUAGGAAAGGCCAUUGAAGGGACCAAAUUGCAUGUUGACAAAAAGUAUUGGGGAGGAGAAGAGGGGAAUUCAGUUUUCCGUUGGUUUCUGACUAGUUCGGAUGGAACACAGACUGAAAUUAAAGGUGCCACAACAGUAUCCUAUAUGCUAUCAAGUGAUGAUAUUGGCUUCUAUAUUUCUGUUUCAUGUGAACCUGUCAGAAGUGAUUGGGCUCGUGGUCGCACUGUUGUUUCAGAACAAAUUGGACCCAUUGUACCUGGACCACCAACUUGUCAAUCGCUUGAAUUUCAAGGGUCCAUAGUGGAAGGACAGCGGCUAAGUUUCAUUGCCACAUAUAGUGGAGGUGAGAGAGGAAGUUGUUCACAUGAAUGGUUUAGGGUAAGAAGUAGGAGUGUGAAGGAGAAACUAAGUGAAGAUGAGUUUCUGGAUUUGACUCUUGAGGAUGUUGGUAGACGCAUUGAGCUUGUUUACACUCCUGUAAGGAGAGAUGGAAUGAAAGGGACUCCCAGGAGUAUUGUAUCAGAUGAGAUUGUUCCGGCGGAUCCUGUGGGAUUUGAACUCAGCAUUCCUGAUUGCUGUGAGGAUGAAGAGGUGGUUCCCCAGAAGUCAUAUUAUGGUGGACAGGAAGGCAGUGCAGAGUAUAUUUGGUACAGAGCAAAGACUAAGCUCCAGGGAUCUGAUUUGAUGAACAUAUCUAAGGCUUCUGUAGAUGUUCUUAUAAGUGGAAACACAUUAGCAUACACUCCGUCACUGGAAGAUUUGGGGUCUUAUUUGGCCUUACAUUGGGUGCCUACACGUGCAGAUGGUAUCUGGGGGAAACCAUUGGUUGCCAUUAGCAAUAAUCCUGUCUCUCCAGCUCCACCAGUAGUAUCUAAUGUUCGUGUUAAGGAGGUUUCUUCUGGUGUAUAUUCUGGAGAAGGUGAAUAUUAUGGUGGAUAUGAGGGAACAAGCCUGUUUAGCUGGUAUAGAGAAACUAGUGAUGGAACUAUUGUUCUUAUUAAUGGAGCGAGCAGCACCACUUAUGAAGUUGUGGAGGCAGAUUUCAAUUGUCGUUUGUUGUUUGGGUAUACACCAGUUCGUUCAGAUACAGUUGUCGGGGAACUCAGAUUGUCUGAGCCAACUGACAUUAUUCUUCCAGAACUUCCAAGAAUCGAAACCCUUGCUCUUACUGGAAAGGCUGUUGAAGGGGAGAUACUCAGGGCUGUUGAAGUGAUCCCAAAGAGUGACAAACAACAACUUGUUUGGGGGAAGUACAAAAAAGAUGUCAAAUACCAAUGGUUCUGUACAUCAGAUAAGGGAGAUAAGACAUCUUUUGAGCCUUUGCCUUCACAGUGUUUGUCUUCAUACAAAGUGCGAUUGGAGGAUAUAGGUCGAUGCCUGCGGUGUGAUUGCAUUGUGACUGAUACAUUUGGAAGGUCGAGUGAACCUGCCUCUUCAGAAACUGCUGCUGUUGUGCCAGGGAUUCCCAAAAUUGAUAAACUGGAGAUUGAAGGGAGGGGUUUCCACACCAAUUUAUAUGCUAUUCGUGGAAUUUAUAGCGGUGGAAAGGAAGGCAAAAGCAGAAUUCAGUGGCUUAGAUCAAUGGUUGGAAGUCCUGAUCUUAUCUCCAUACCUGGUGAGGUUGGGAGGAUGUAUGAAGCUAAUGUUGAUGAUGUCGGAUACAGGCUGGUGGCAAUUUAUACCCCUGUGAGGGAGGAUGGAGUUGAAGGGCAGCCUGUUUCUGCAUCGACAGACCCAAUUGCUGUUGAGCCUGAUGUACUUAAAGAAGUAAAACAGAAGCUAGAUCUUGGCGCUGUGAAGUUUGAGGUGUUGUGUGACAAGGACCGUUCUCCAAAAAAGGUUCUUGGAGUCGGGAGUCUUGAAAGGAGAAUUUUAGAAGUCAAUAGAAAGCGAGUCAAGGUUGUCAAACCUGGAUCCAAGACUUCUUUCCCAGCAACAGAAAUCCGAGGAAGUUAUGCUCCUCCCUUCCAUGUGGAGCUUUUUCGUAUUGAUCAACAUCGCCUGCGGAUUGUAGUUGAUAGAGAAAAUGAAGUGGACCUGAUGGUACAAACUCGGCACAUGCGCGAUGUCAUUGUCCUUGUCAUCCGUGGCUUUGCUCAGAGAUUCAACAGUACCUCCCUUAACUCCCUUCUGAAAGUAGAGGCAUAAAAGUUGAUUCAGGAAAAAAACCCAAAGAAAGUAUGGAAUCACUGGAGCAAUAGAAUUACCACUUCUGGGAUGAAGUAUGCGUGCAGAUACCCCCUUUUAUUGUUAAUUCUUCUGAAUUUAGUUUCACCACAUCAUUGUGAUUAUUAUUGUUUUGUGGGUUGUGUUGUCAAAUUAGGGUUUGUGGUGGUGAUUGUAAAUUUUUGUGUAUCUUAAACUAUGACAUUUUUUGUAUUUCCAUGUAUACACAGCUUGAAGACAAGGCCUUGGGUUGCCAUCAAAUCAUU